UCUGCGAUGAUAAACAAACAAGUACACGUGACGAAGAUAACACAUACGUGUCAACAGUGAGUUGGACAAGGAAGAUCGCGGUGUAUAAUUUUGUUUGUCUGUUGCACUCGACGACAGCAGUUGGCAAGUGCACAUUUUUCUCUUUCGUUUUUGAUUAACGAAUUCAACGUCUCGAUUAAUCCAAAUUUUUCUCCGCCGCUUUCGUUUUUUCUCUCUCUUGCUCGGUGCUUCUUCGCAAUCGUCAGCAGUUCAGGGCAAACUCGAUUUUUGGUGAAAGUGGUAAUAGGUAGAAAGAAUAAUCUCCGAAAGUGAACCAGUUCUCGUUCUAAAAUAUCACGAUGUCGUGGAGUGCCAUAACAAUUAAGUACCUCCUGUUCAUCUUCAAUCUGCUCUUUGUGGUCACAGGAAUCAUCCUGCUGUCUGUUGGGCUAACCACGAAGGCGUACUUUAGCGACUAUGAAACGUUCCUGGACCAACAGUACUUCUCAGCCCCCAAUCUCCUCAUCGCCAUUGGGGCCAUCAUCUUUAUUAUAGCAUUCUUUGGCUGCUGUGGCGCAGUAAAGCAAAACUACUGCAUGAUAAUCACUUUCUCAACUUUGCUGAUCCUCAUCUUUGUUUUGGAGUUUGCCGCCGGAAUUGCUGGCUACGUUCUUCGAUCUCAAACUGAACAGUUCUUGAACACCUCCAUGCACACUAGCUUGUCCAAGUACAACAAGUCUAAUAAUAAUGAAGUGGCUGUUAUUUGGGAUACCAUGCAGAAAAAUUUGAAUUGCUGCGGAGUUCAAGAUUAUCAGGAUUGGAUCAAAGCCUAUGAUGCCUUGCCAAUGUCGUGCUGCGACAUUCAAAACGGAUUGAUGUCUGUGGCGCAAUGCAAUAAUGCCACAGAAACCCUUCACCAAAAUGGUUGCAUUAAUAAUCUGGAUGGUUAUAUUAGCGGACACGCUUUGACCAUCGCAACUAUCGGCUUAAUAUUUGCUUUCAUUCAAAUGAUGGGAAUACUGUGUUCUUGCUACUUAUCAAAACAAGUGAAGCAGAACUAUGAGUACAUGUAAACAUAACAAGAUAAGGAGAAAAUGCUGUAUGCGCAUUUGAAUUUCAUAGAAAGAAUGUGUGCUAAAUUUAUUCAAUGCAAUAAUUAUACUACUUUUUUU